AUGUCAAGAAUACACGACGCCAUCUACAACACAUUCUUCAAACGAAACUCUGCUUUCGUGGCUACGUGUUUCGCAGGCGCUUUCGCCUUUCAAAUCACUUUUGAUUUAGGAACAACUGCUUUCUGGGAUUACCACAACCGAGGGAAACAAUGGAAAGAUCUACGAGCGAAAUACGUUCAAGCCGGAGACUCUGAAGAGGAGUAG